AUGGACGACAUGGACUCUGUAGUGGAUCAAUUGACUGAUCAAGCCCAGCGAUUCUCAGCUUUUACUGGUGUCACCAGACCUAAUCCAGGAGACAGGUUCUUUCUCGUUAUGGGCAUGACAGGAUCAGGCAAGAGCUCUUUUGUUGCUCGAUGCACAGGAAAGGAUGUUCGUAUUAGCCACGGGCUCUACUCAUGUACGGACUCCAUCGAUGUCUUCGACUUUAUGUGGAAUGGUCGACGUAUCUAUCUCGUUGAUACACCCGGCUUCAAUGACACGAAUCGCUCCGACAUCGAUACUUUGAUGAUACUCGCUACCUAUCUCGGCGCGUCAUACGCAAACGGCGUACGCAUUCACGGCUUAAUCAUGCUGCAUCCAAUAUCUGAUAAUCGCAUGUCAGGUUCGAGCCUGCGGAAUAUUGAAAUGAUGAAGGCCAUUUGUGGAUUCACAUUCUACGACAAUCUUGUCAUUGCCACGACGAUGUGGCCGGACACGCCUAGUCAAGCCGAAAUUACAACCCUUGAGAACCGAGAGGCCGAGCUGUUGUGCGACGACAAAUUUUUCGGCGCCGUAGUCGCUCAAAGGGCGAACGUAUUCCGUCACAAUGAGAGGGGUCGCAGGAACCCCUUCGAAGAGACAGCCUCGGCACAGCGCAUCGUGGCCUACCUCAUCCGCCAAUCGGACACGCACGCUCCAGAGGUGCUUCAACUGCAACGGGAGAUGGUCGGCCAAGGGAAGACAAUUGGCGAGACGGCGGCAGGCAUUGCCGUUACUGGGGACCUGUACAAAGUCCGUCAAGCUCAUGAGCGUCAGUUGCGAGAGCUAGAGGCUGAAAUGAAGAAUCGGCUGGCAAUGUCAGAUACCGCGCACGCCGCGGCGGUGCAAGAACUCAAGGCUGAUGUCGAGGGGAAGCUGAGGAAAGCCGAAGAAGACAAACAAGCCCUCGAGAAAUCAAUGCAAGAUAUGCACGAGGAUGAGGAGAGAGCUUGGAAGGAGAAACUCAGAGUGAUUGACCGACAGUUCCGCAAACUACUUGCAGCUAAGGAAGAUGAGCUACGUGAUAUGGAGGCGUCUCUCAGCGAGUUGCGUAAGGACAGAGCUAGAACGCCUCGAUACCGCUAUCGGAAACAAAAGGCAGAGCAUGAGGACGCAGAACAAGAGAGAUUGGUCAACGAGGCUCGAAGAGAAGUUUCCCUAGCUCGUGGUGCUUAUCAGAAGUUCUGCGCCGAGUUGGUGGGCAACAUUUUUAACGGAACAGCGAAUGGGCUAGCCGCAGGUAUAACGUCUGGCGUUAUCGCUGGAGGUAAGCCUGUCCUAGUUCUCCUCGUUUUGAAAUUACUGGUCAUUGGCGAUGAGAUUAGAGAUGCUAAUGCAACUCCAUUAUGCAGCUAUUUCCGCAGGACUCAUUUGUAUUAUAAUACUCGCGCCAGCCGGGUUGUUCCAACCACUGGGCCUAAUUCCUUAGAAGUUAGAUAA